GAUGUUUGAUUUACCCUACGGUUGGGAAAUAGUCCAGAGUCCUCCAUUAUGAAAGCUGAUCAAACAACUCCUCUCACAAACACAAGCAGUUCAGUCAUCCUGAGGUUGGGGCAACCAGGACAAGAAGCUGACACAGCCACAAGAUGGGGACACUCUUAUUUUUGAUGGUGAUGUUUGCAACAUGUUGGGCAGCACCCCAAGAUCUGUCAGGCAAAGUGUUUGUCUUUCCAAAAGAGAGCAACACAGAUCGUGUGAGACUCCUGACAUCUCAAACCAAAUUCAGCUCUGUGACCACCUGUCUCAGAUUCAAAACAGAUCUCACCAGGAAUUACGGACUCUUCUCUUUGUCCACCUCUGCCCAGAGCAAUGACUUUGUGCUCUUUAAGAUUAAUUCAGACGAUGUCAUUAGGAUGCAUGCUCGGGGCGAAGCCACAGACUUCCUGUCACUGUCAUUUGCUCCAAACACCUGGCACUCUAUGUGUGCCACCUGGCGCUCCGACAACGGGUUGGCUCAGCUGUGGGUGGACGGCAAGGCAACCAUCAAGAGAUACAUCAAAGCUGGGCCUAUUACUGGAGCACCCAUUAUCACCCUGGGCCAAAAGCAGGGUACUCAUGGAGGGAGUUUUGAUGCCAAACAAUCAUUCAUUGGUAUGAUUACUAAAGUCCACCUUUGGGACUAUAUUAUCCCCACCGCUGAGAUUAAACGCUAUAUGGAUGACAAACACUUCAUUUCAGGCAACGUGUUCAACUGGGGCGCCCUGCAGUACGAAAUUACAGGGCAGGUUUUGGUGGAUGAGGAGUCUGAAGUUAUGUAACAGGGUGUUUAACAGUGUUAUGUUCUUGAGAAAUAAUUAAAAUCAACACUUAAAAGAUGG